UUUAAUGACUUUUGGAUGAAACUUAAAAAAGUAAAGGUCACCAACUCUUUAUGGUUUAAUAAAAAUACUAGGGCAAGGAAAAUCGCCUCAACCCUCAUGGCUUCGGCGGCGGCGGAGGAAAAGGAUCUGGUCGAGAUACUCGACGCCUCCUACGGCCCGAUCGACACCAUCAGAUACGUCGACUUCGUGCGCGACCCCGCAGCUGGCGCGAUCGCCACCUUCGAGGGCACGACCCGCGACACCUUCGAGGGGAAAAGCGUGGUGGAGCUCCGCUACGAGGCCUACGUGCCGAUGGCGGCACGCCGUCUCGCCGCAGUCUGCGCCGAGGCGAGGGCGUCCUGGCCGCUCCUCCGCCUAGCGGUGGCGCACCGUCUGGGGACGGUGGGGGUGGGGGAAGCCAGCGUGUUCGUGGCGGCGUCAGCGGUGCACCGAGCGGAGGCGAUGGAGGCAUGCCGCUACGUGAUCGACGAGCUGAAGGCGUCGGUACCGAUCUGGAAGAAGGAGGUGUACGAGAACGGGGAGGUGUGGAAAGAGAACAGGGAGUUCCGGGAGAGGAUGAUGCUCCAUCACGAGCAUGGUCCGGCCCAAAAACACAAUCAGACAUCCAACGGCUGCUGCGGCAGCAAAGUGAAGGUAGACGGCGCUGAUCACAGGACGAAAGAAGAAGAUGAAGCCACGACCGUCUGAUGUGCAUCGGUUGAUGGCUAUUGUAUUUUAUGUUUGCUGAUACGGACGACAAGUAUCAAAAUAAACUUCACUUUAAAUUUUAGUUA